ACGUAACAAAUUUUUUCUUGUGAAAUUUUAAUCCAUACACAAAUUCUGCAUGUGAAUUCCACUCUUUUUUUCAAAAACUUCAGGCCGCCUUCCUGUCCUACAAUCCUUCCAUUUCCACACUAACCAGUCUUCUACUUUCCUCGCUGACCAGAACCCCACUACACCCCACUGGCUCGCCAUGUCCGUCCACCAAGUUAUCAGCUGGCGCCACCGCCCUCCGCCCGUUCUUUUCUCUGUUCUCUUUUUUCUCACCUUCUUGAUUUUCCCAUCUCAAUCCGAUGAGCUUCAGAGAUUGCAGGAAUUCAAGUCUGCACUCCGAGAAUCACAGACAGAAGUUUUUAAUACAUGGACGCAGGGUACUCAUUUCUGCAACUUCACCGGAAUUGUCUGCAACUCGAACGGAAUGGUUGUGGAGAUUAAUCUUCCACAGGAGCAGCUGGUCGGCGUUCCUCCUUUUGAUUCUGUCUGUGCUCUGAGUUCCCUGGAGAAGAUCGAUCUUGGAGCCAACUUAUUGCACGGCGUUAUAACAGGGGACUUGAAGAGCUGUACCAGGUUGCAGUACCUGGAUUUGGGUUUCAAUUACUUUUCAGGAGAAGUUCCUAAUUUGUCCUCCCUACAGGAAUUGAGAUUUUUGAACCUGAAUAACAGUGGGUUUUCGGGGGUUUUUCCAUGGAGGUCGCUGCAGAAUCUAACACAGCUUGCUUUCUUGAGCAUCGGCGAUAACCCAUUGGAUCCAAGUCCGUUUCCCUUGGAGGUGUUAAAGCUUGAGAAAUUAUACUGGCUUUAUCUCACGAACUGUAGUAUCACCGGACAGAUUCCUGAGGGAAUUGGAAGUCUGAUCCAGCUUGAAAAUCUUGAGCUCUCUGAUAAUCAAUUAUCUGGUGAAAUCCCAGCAGGGAUUACCAACCUCACCAAGCUAUGGCAGCUCGAGCUCUACAACAAUUCCUUGACGGGAAAACUCCCUAUUGGGUUUGGACAACUUAUAAACCUGGUUAACUUCGACGCCUCGCAGAACAUGCUUGAAGGUGACUUAUCUGAGGUGAGAUUUCUGAAGCAGAUUGCCUCCUUGCAGCUAUUUGAGAACCAGUUGACAGGGGAGAUUCCGGAGGAGAUUGGUGAAUUCAAGAACCUGGUAGAGUUGUCUCUUUACAGGAACAAUUUCACGGGUCAACUUCCUCAGAAGCUUGGAUCAUGGGGAGCUCUUAAUUACAUUGAUUUGUCUGAGAAUUUCUUGACGGGUCCAAUCCCGCCGGACAUGUGCAAGAACGGGCAGAUGACUGAUCUUCUCCUAUUGCAGAACAGGCUUACCGGGAACAUCCCGGAAAGUUACGCCAAUUGUAAGUCUUUGAUCCGAUUUCGAGUUAACAACAAUUCACUCUCUGGUACCGUUCCCGCCGGAAUAUGGGGUUUACCAAAUCUUUCCAUCAUUGAUCUCUCUAUGAAUGAGCUUGAAGGUCCGGUGACCAGUGACAUAGGUAAUGCUAAGUCUCUCGGGAAAAUAAUCUUAUCUCAAAAUCAGUUCUCUGGUGAAUUACCUGAUAAAAUCUCAGAAGCUUCUUCAUUAGUCACUAUUCAGUUGAGUUCAAAUCAAUUUUCCGGUGAAAUCCCGGCGAAUAUUGGCAAAUUGAAGAAAAUAAUCAAUCUUUAUUUGGAUGAGAAUAAGUUUUCUGGAAUCAUCCCAUCUUCACUAGGUUCAUGUGACUCCCUGGCUGAUGUAAACCUCGCCGGCAACUCACUCUCCGGUCAAAUUCCGGCUAGUGUUGGAUCUUUACCUUCUCUGAACUCAUUGAACUUAUCUGGAAACGAACUUUCUGGGGAAAUUCCAGUGUCUCUAUCAGACUUAACGUUAAGCCUUCUUGACCUGUCCAGUAACAGAUUGACUGGUCCGAUCCCCGACUCUCUUUUCAUUGGCAGCUUUGAAGGAAAUCCCGGUUUAUGCAGUUCCAGUAUUAAGAAUUUUCCGCAAUGUCCAUCCAAUUCUCAUUCAUCAAGACACCUCAAAACAUUUGUAUCCUGUUUCAUUGCCGGUUUGCUGCUUCUUCUUGUUUCUCUGGGUUGUUACUUGACAGUGAAGUUAAGACAGAACAGUCUUGAUCAUCCAUUGAAGCUGAGUUCUUGGGAUAUGAAACCGUAUCGUCUAGUAAAUUUCAGAGAAAAAGAUGUUAUUGAUGCCAUUAGAUCAGAGAAUUUGAUAGGUAAAGGAGGAUCAGGAAAUGUAUACAAAGUUGUGUUGAACAAUGGCAAAGAAUUUGCUGUGAAACAUAUCUGGAGGGCGGACACUGGCAACUGGAGAAGCUACCGGAGCAGCGCUACCAUAUUGACAAAAAAGAAUCUCCGAUCAACGGAGUACGACGCGGAGGUUGCAGCUUUGAGUAGAGUAAGACAUGUCAAUGUGGUGAAGCUUUACUGUAGCAUCACAAGUGAGGAUAGUAAUCUCCUGGUGUAUGAGUACUUGCCUAAUGGGAGCUUGUGGGACCAGCUGCACACGUGUCAAAAGAUCGAGAUGGAUUGGAAAGUGAGAUACGCGAUUGCAGUGGGGUCCGCAAAGGGAUUGGAGUAUCUGCAUCAUGGAUGUGAUAGACCGGUGAUACACCGUGAUGUUAAGUCGAGUAAUAUCUUGUUGGAUGAGGAAUGGAAGCCUAGAAUUGCAGAUUUUGGUCUGGCCAAGAUUGUGCAGGCAGGUGGGGAAGGGGAUUGGACUAAUGUCAUUGCUGGCACUCAUGGUUACAUUGCUCCAGAAUAUGCGUACACGUGCAAAAUAACGGAGAAAAGUGAUGUAUAUAGCUUUGGAGUAGUGCUGAUGGAGUUGGUGACGGGAAAAAGACCGGUAGAGGCAGAAUUCGGAGAGAACAAAGACAUAGUGUAUUGGGUAAGCAGUAAAAUGAAGAGCCAAGAGAGUUUGGUUGAGCUGGUUGACCCGAGCAUCUCAGAAGCCAUGAAAGAUGAUGCUGCCAACGUGCUAAGAAUUGCACUACUUUGUACUGUGAGAGUCCCAGCUCUAAGGCCUUCCAUGAGAAUGAUAGUUCAAAUGCUGGAGCAUGCUGAGCCAUGUCAACUUACCAACAUCAUUGUUCAUAUAGGGCACGAAGAAGGUAGCCCGGACGAGAAAUCAAAGACGCUCGGAUGAUUUGCAUUUUUGAAUUUGAAUCGAGCUUAAACAAGGUCCUGAAAUAUUUUUUGUUACACCUGUACUUCACUUGAUUUUAGCCUAAAAGUUUAAAAAUGUAUUAUUAGAUCUAUAUACUUGGAUUAGACACACUCAAUUUGCAAGAUGCAUUAUUGAGAUUUUAGCUCUUUUAAAACAGCAGAACUAUUACGUAUAAUAAGUAAAAACAAAAUUUUCUUGCAAAA